GUUAGUGACGGCGCGGUCGUUGGACCGUAUACUGGUUGGCUCUUCCGUCGACUAGCCGAAUUACUUCCUAGGCAACGGGAAUUUGUAGCGGGUGACACCGUUUCGGGGAUACCUCUCGUCUUGGUUGCUCGGCCUCCGAGCGCCUGCGAAUCGCCGAAUCGAAAGGAAUUCCUGUUGAGAAAGGAACGUCUGUCUUUACCGUUCUGUUUUUGUUCGCUCGUCUUUAAAUAAUAAAAAAAGCAGUCCCUUCCUCCGACUGUACCGCGUUUCGACCUGCCGACUGGUAUCCAUCUCAAUUGAGACAAAGCAUGGGAAUCGACGGUGUUCUUCGCGCCCGGACUGUUGUACUUGGCGUAUCUCGAGCUAUCUUCCUCUCGCUGGGCUUCGCGUUCGCUGCCCCUCUGUCUCCCGUACACCCGUCUCAACACUACGACGACGAUGUUCCCGAAGCUGACGGCGGCGCCCUAUGGGUGCUCUUCGCCGUAUCCAUGGCCCUCGUGCUCUUGGGGGGCGCCUUUGCCGGGUUGACCAUCGCUCUCAUGGGCCAGGACGAAAUCUACCUACAAGUAAUAUCCCUCGACCCCGAGGAACCUCAGCGGAAAAAUGCUAAACGCGUUUACGACCUUCUUAUGAGAGGUAAACACUGGGUGCUGGUGACGCUCCUCCUGUCCAAUGUCAUCGUCAACGAGACCCUCCCCGUUGUUCUGGACAGGUGUUUUGGCGGUGGCGUUGCCGCGGUUGUCGGCAGUACCGUCUUAAUUGUUAUUUUUGGCGAGAUCUUCCCUCAGUCUAUAUGCGUUCGCUACGGUCUCCAAAUUGGCGGUUACAUGUCGAAACCCGUCCUCUUCCUCAUGUACCUCAUGGCCCCCGUCGCGUGGCCCACUGCGAAGCUUCUCGACUGGAUGCUCGGCAAAGACCACGGGACCAUAUACAAGAAGAGUGGCUUGAAGACGUUGGUGACGCUUCAUAAGUCACUGGGCGAGGUCGACGAACGGCUGAAUCAAGACGAGGUCACCAUCAUCAGCGCCGUCUUAGAUUUGAAGCGCAAGGCUGUCGAGGAGGUCAUGACGCCCAUGGAGGAUGUCUUCGUCAUGUCAGAGGACACGGUACUGGACGAGAAGACUAUUGAUCAGAUCCUCGACGCGGGGUAUUCUCGUAUACCGAUUUACCAAACCGGCAAUCCGACAAAUUUCGUCGGUAUGCUUCUCGUCAAAAUUCUCAUUACGUACGACCCCGAGGACGGUAAGCGGGUUAAGGACUUUGCUCUUGCUGCCCUCCCCGAAACCCGACCGGAGACCAGCUGUCUGGACAUUAUCAACUUCUUCCAGGAGGGGAAAUCCCAUAUGGUGCUAAUCUCGGAGUCCCCCGGCGAUGAUCAUGGUGCCCUGGGAGUCGUCACUCUCGAAGAUGUGAUAGAAGAGCUGAUUGGAGAGGAAAUCAUUGACGAGUCGGAUGUUUAUGUCGACGUCCACAAGGCCAUUCGUAGAACUCAUCCUGCCCCUAAGGCUAGGGCUCUGCGGAAAGACAUGUUGAUCAGCCAGAUAGAAGCCAGGGAGGGAGCGCUUAUCGACAUUGAGGAGGAGGAUGGGAAACCCGAUCAACUUAGGAGGACUAUAUCGCUUAGCAGUAGGACCGAAUCAUCCAUCCUCGGUACCAGCCCGAAGGUGGCGACCCUGUUGAUGCGAAGGCGCUCCGGGGGCCAGGAUGGUCAACUGGGACAAGGCCCGAUACCGGUCAAGGCCAACUUUGGAGACAUUAGGGAUCACUUCAAGCACCUUGGCCCGUCGAACCCAGCAUCGAACCCCAAGAGUUCACGAGUUGCAGCUGUUAAAAUCAAGCCAGGCCGGGCCGGAUUGAGCCCUGCUGUCGACACUGCGGACAGCGCGGAAAACGCCGCGGACGAGCGCACGAGUCUGCUAAGGCCACUGCUGAACGCGAAGGACGGCAUCCAAGCCCUCCAGCAAAGCUACACCGAGCCCUCCGGCGCCGCCGCCAGCCCUCGUACCUCGCCCGAGAUCGCAGCCAGCGUCGCAGACGGAGUCUCGGACCACGUCGACCAGAGCACGCAGACCGGGGCCGACGCCGCCGGCACCCGGAGCCACGCGUCGCCGACGCGGAGCUCGACGACGGACAGCGCCGAGAGCGGCCGCGAGACCACGGGCCGGCGCAGGGGCCACGUGCGCAGCGGCAGCAUCACCGAGAACAUCAUCGAGUCCGGCGGGAUCCGCAAGGUCGUGCUCGAGGCGAACAGCAGCUCGUCCGAGGAGGACGAAGGCGCGGGGCUGCACCCCCCGCGCUCGGCGGUCUCGUCCACCCAGGGGGACGGCCCGUCGGCUCCUCCGACCGCGCCCAGGGGCGACAGGAAGAAGAACCGCCGCAAGAAGAGGAGCGGCGGGAAGUAGUAGUUACGGGCUCUUUGUAUCUUUGUGGUGUGGGAGCUAAUACGGGAGAGCAGACAAGGGGGGCGGACAUAAAAUUAGCUAGCUAUUGGGCUGGCGGGGACGGGGUGGCGCUCCGAGCUCCGAUGCGAUAUGAUUAAUACCACUAAUACGGCAUUUUACACGAUGGGGUCGGCGACCCAUAUCUCACCCACCUUACCGGUGGUGGCAGACCCCGGGGCAGGGACGGGGGGGGUGGGGGGAGAAUGUGCUCUAAGUGCGCGCGCGCGCUCGCAUGUGUUUAACGACACACGUGUAG